GCGAGGCUGGGUCAGCUGAGUGACAGUCACGGGACCUCGACCAGCUCCAUCUGGCUUCCUGGAGGAGAGGGAGGGAUGAGCGGGGGUCUCCGAGUGUGGCAGGACAUGGAGAAGGAGCGGGAGACUCUGCAGGCCUGGAAGGAGCGUGUGGGGCAGGAGCUGGACCGUGUGGUGGCUUUCUGGAUGGAGCACUCCCACGACCAGGAGCAUGGGGGCUUCUUCACAUGCCUUGGCCGCGAUGGGCGGGUGUAUGACGACCUCAAGUAUGUCUGGCUGCAGGGGAGGCAGGUGUGGAUGUAUUGUUAUCUGUACCGCAAGUUUGAGCGCUUCCGCCGCCUGGAACUCCUAGAUUCAGCUAAAGCAGGUGGCGAAUUUUUGCUCCGUUAUGCCCGAGUGGCACCUCCGGGGAAAAAAUGUGCCUUUGUGCUGACACGGGAUGGCCGCCCCGUCAAGGUGCAGCGAACCAUCUUUAGUGAGUGUUUCUACACCAUGGCCAUGAACGAGCUGUGGAGAGUGACAGGGGAAGCGCAUUACCAGAUUGAAGCAGUGGAAAUGAUGGAUCAGAUCAUACACUGGGUGCAGGAGGACCCAUCGGGGCUGGGCCGGCCCCAGCUCCCGGGGGCCCCGGCCUCAGAGUCCAUGGCGGUGCCCAUGAUGCUGCUCAACCUGGUGGAGCAGCUUGGGGAGUCGGAUGAAGAGCUGGCGGGCAACUACGCGGAGCUGGGGGACUGGUGCGCCCAGAGGAUCCUGCAGCAUGUCCAGAGGGAUGGGCAGGCUGUGCUGGAGAAUGUGUCGAAGGACGGUGAGGAACUUCCUGGUUGCCUGGGGAGACACCAGAACCCAGGCCAUGCACUGGAAGCCGGAUGGUUCCUGCUCCGUCAUGCCAUCCGGAAAGGUGACCCUGAACUUCGAGCCCACGUGGUUGACAAGUUCCUAUUGUUGCCCUUCCGUUCUGGAUGGGAUCCUGAUCAUGGAGGCCUCUUCUACUUCCAGGAUGCUGAUGGCCUCUGCCCCACCCAGCUGGAGUGGGCCAUGAAGCUGUGGUGGCCACACAGUGAAGCCAUGAUUGCCUUCCUCAUGGGCUACAGUGACAGCGGGGACCCUGCCUUGCUGCAUCUCUUCAACCAGGUGGCCGAGUACACCUUCCACCAGUUUCGCGAUCCCGAGUACGGGGAAUGGUUUGGCUACCUAAACCGAGAGGGGAGGGUCGUCCUCACCAUCAAGGGGGGUCCUUUCAAAGGCUGCUUCCACGUGCCGCGGUGUCUCGCCAUGUGUGAGGAGAUGCUUGGCGCCCUGCUGAGCCGCCUCGCCCCGGUCCCGGCCCCCAGCGCCGGGUCCCUGCCCGCCGUCCCCGCCCACCAAGCCUCGCACCCGCCCGCCGGCCGUCCCGCCCCAUUGGCCAAGCGACCGCGAAGGCGGGUCUGGCGGCUCGCACUUCCGGCCGGUGGCCGGUCCCGGCGCGCGCCGCCCCUUCCGUCGCCGCCCCCGCGAGCCUGGCCCCAGCCCCGGCCGUCCCGGCGUCACUUUCGAGCGCGGCCGCAGCUGACUGCGCGUUCACGACCCGCUGGGAGCCGGCAGUCCCGCCGCCGUUAUGAACAUCCGCAAUGCGAGGCCGGAGGACCUGAUGAACAUGCAACACUGCAACCUCCUGUGCCUGCCAGAGAACUACCAGAUGAAAUACUACUUCUACCACGGCCUCUCCUGGCCCCAGCUCUCUUACAUCGCUGAGGAUGAGAACGGGAAGAUUGUGGGGUACGUCCUGGCCAAAAUGGAAGAGGACCCAGAUGACGUGCCCCACGGACAUAUCACCUCACUGGUG